UCAUUCAGUCGUAUUAACUUUAAUCAGGAAUUACAAUUGAUUCUAUCAAAUUUUGUAUAAUGAAAGACCUUAUAAAGUGUUAAUAUUUGUCUCUCUUUCAAUUAUUUUUUCUUCAAUUCGAUCAUCUAAUUGAUUAAUUACAUCGUUUUUAGAAUAUUUUCGUGGUUUACUGUUUUUCUUUUCUUUUAAUCAAGUGUUAACCUUUUUUUUAUUCUCUUCUUUUUUGUCUCUUUUUCUCUCCAUCCACCAUGGGACCUCAAAGGAAAAAGAAAAGAGAUGAACCUGAUGAGAGUGAAAGUUCAAUUGGUUAUAGAGUUGGAUCAAAUUUGUCAAAAGAACGGAAAGAAUCAAAAUCAGGGUCGAGCACAAGUCCUACAAGUACUUAUUCAAAUUCUCGUCGACGUUCAUCUCGAUUAGCUGCUAAACUCUCACCUCAAAGUGUUACAUCAUCAUUAGUCGCUCUAUCAACUUCUGGAACAAAUUUUAUACUCUCUGGUAACAGUGGAUCUUCACCAGAAAUAGUAACAGCAUCAUCAUCAAAUUCUGGUAAUCGAUAUCGAGACUGUUGUACAGCUAUGGAAGAAGAUAUUGCCCACGAUCAGAAAAGUUUACCAGAAGCAUCACCAUCUUCUUCCUCAUCAUCCUCUUCAUCAUCAUCUUCAACCUCAUCCACAUCAUCAACAUCAUCUUCAUCUUCAUUAUCACCUUUAAGUGAUGGAAAUAAUUUAUCAUCAAAAAGUAAUAAUAGUAGUCGUGGUAUUGGUAACAUUAUGAACAAUACUUCCAAAGGAAGAACCAGUGGUAUGAUAACCACCAUGACCACAUCUUCUACUAUUAAUACUUGUACAACUUCAAGUUCUUCUGGUUCUAUAAUUUCUGGAGAAUUUACAAACAACAACAACAACAAUAAUAAUAAUAAUAAUAAUAAUGGAAAUAGUAACAUUUGUGGUGGAGCCCGAAGUUGUUUACCAUUGUCACAAUUAUCGUCGUCAUUAUCUUCAGGGGUAGGAGGAGGAGGAGCAUCAGCAUCUUUAUCUGUCGCAGCAGCAGCAGCCGCUGCAGCCGCUGCGGCCUGCGUUGGAGGAGGUACAACACAAUCUUCAUCAUCAUUAUCAUCAAAUUCUGGUGGAAUUGGAUCAAGUAGUAGCAGUUCUAGUAGUGCAAGUGGAAGUGGAAGUGGCAGUAGUAGUAGUGUAGGUGCUAUUGGUGGUAGUGUUGGUGGUGGAAGUGGAAGUGGUAAUGGAAGUGGGAGUUUGAUAGGAGAUAAUGAACCAGAUGAUAAUGAGAUGGGAAGAUUACAAGCACUUCUUGAAGCACGAGGUUUACCACCUCAUUUGUUUAGUGCUCUUGGUCCUCGAGUUCAUCAUCUUCUUCAUCGAUCUAUGGGUAACAAGACAAGUAGUCGAGCUCAUCAAUUGAUCCAAGGAUUACAAGCGACAGGAGAUGAAGGACAACAGUUACAGGCUGUGAUGGAAAUGUGCCAAUUACUUGUGAUGGGAAACGAAGAUACUUUAGCAGGUUUCCCUGCGAAACAAGCGGUACCUGCACUGAUUGGGUUACUACGAAUGGAACAAAAUUUUGAUAUAAUGAAUCAUUCCUGUCGAGCAUUAACCUACAUGAUGGAAUCGUUACCUCGAUCAUCGGCCAUUGUCGUGGAUGCGAUACCAGCGUUUCUUGAGAAGUUACAAUUUAUCCAAUGUAUGGAUGUUGCCGAGCAAUCAUUAACAGCCUUAGAGAUGCUUUCUCGACGUCACAGUAAAUCGAUACUUCAUGCUGGCGGUGUACCAGCGUGUUUAUCGUAUUUAGAUUUUUUCACAAUUAACGCUCAAAGAGCAGCACUUUCAAUAACUGCCAAUUGUUGUCAAAAUUUAAGCAAAGAUGAGUUUUCAUUUGUAAAGGAAUCAUUAACUACCUUGGGAUCGCAUUUGGUAAAAUAUCAAGACAAGAAGUGUCUUGAAAGCCUUUGUCUUGCUUUUUCUCGUUUAAUUGAAAGUUUCCAACAUCAUCCGGAGAUAUUGAUACAAAUCACUGAGAACAAUUUAUUGUCCAAUAUUCAGCAAUUACUUUUGGUCUCUCCUUCGAUAAUCAGUACAGGAACAUUCGUAAUGGUCAUCAGAAUGUUGGCCACAAUGUGUGCCUCAUGUCCACAACUCGCAGUACAAUUAAUGAAAUUAAACAUAUCGGACACUAUUCGUUAUUUACUUCUUGGUUCAAGUGCAACAAGUGAGUUUAUCGAAUUGACCACUCGAAGUCCUCAAGAAUUAUAUGAGAUAACAUCACUUAUCGGUGAAUUGAUGCCAAAGUUACCCACUGAUGGGAUAUUCAGUGUUGAUGGUUACUGGAUGAGACAAUUAAAUGUAACACCAAGUGGAGUUACUUGGCAAUGGAAAGAUGAUCGAGGAAUGUGGCACAAUUAUAGUUGCAUUGAUAGUAAAAUGAUGGAAUCUGCUCAUUUGGCAAGUGAAGAUGAGAUCAGUUUGACUACAAUGGGACGAACUUAUGUGAUAGAUUUUAAUUCGAUGCAACAAAUAAACGAAGAUACAGGAACUUCACGUUUAAUUCAACGUCUAGUCAAUAAUUCCGAUGGAUCAUCAACAUCGACCGGAGUAGUUGGAGGAGGAGGAGGAGGAACAACCUCAUCAGGAACAGGAGCAGGAAUGAUGAUGAUGUCGUUAUCAUCAUCAACAACAUCAACAACAUCAGCAUCACCAGGAUCACUUGGAUCAUUAUCAUCAUCGGGAGAUAAUCAUCACCAUCAUCAUCAUACAAAGAUCGCAAUGAUGAAUAGUAGUAGUUUGAAUGAAAACGAUGCUCGAAUCAAAUGUUUAAAAGAAGAGCCUGAAUUAGCUGAGGCUUUUAUCAAAAGUCUUUUUGGUGUUUUAUAUGAAGUUUAUAGUAGUUCGGCUGGACCAUCAGUUCGACAUAAAUGUAUUGGGGCACUUUUACGAAUAAUUUAUUAUUCAUCUUCUGAUUUGUUGAGAGUUGUAUUGAAAAAUCAUGCGGUCUCAAGUCACAUCGCUGCAAUGUUACCAUCAAGUGAUUUGAGAGUAGUUGUUGGAGCUAUUCAAAUGGUUUACAUUUUAAUGGACAAAUUACCAGAUAUUUUUUCAAUUUAUUUCCGUCGAGAAGGAGUAAUUCAUCAAUUGAAGAAAUUGAUUUCUUGUGAUGGUUUAAUUAGUGAUGGAUCAAGUCCAAUCAAUGCUCUUAUUGGUGGAUGUUCAUCAACUCCAUUAGCAAAUUCAACAGCAACAACUUCACCAAAUAAAUCAAGUACAAAUUUAAAAUCUGAAUCUAUUGCACAAAAACAACAAAAGCACCAAAAGCAACAACAACAACAACAACAAUGUGUUGAUCCAAAUACUUCAUCAUCAUCUUUACCUUCAUUAUCUGGAACUUUGAUUGGUCAAAAUUAUGUAUCAACAUGUUACCUUGAAUCUGGAAGUCCAAUGCAAAGUUAUUCAUCUUCAUCAAUGUCAUGUCUUGGUGAUGGAAACAGUGAUGGAGUUGAUGGUGGUGGCGAUUCAGCAACAACAACAACAACCACGACCACAUCAACAUCAAAUAUAAAUGAUGAAACAAUGACUACUUAUAUUAAUCCAGAAAGUACAAUGACUAAUUCUGAUCCGAUUGAAAUAACUACAACUUCCAAAACUAAGUCGUCUUCAACUCUUUCUAACAAUUGCUCACCUUCAUCAUCUCCCCAAUCAUGUUCAUCAUCUUCAGUAAUUGGAUCAAUUACAGGAACAAACAUCUCUCCAACUUGUAAAACUGGUGAUAAUACUGUUGAUUCUCGUUCAUCUCAACUACGAUUAAGUGAUGUUCUUAAACGAAAACGUAGUUCCAAGAAAGGGUCAACAAGUGGAUCUCCACCAGCCUCAUGUUCAUCGAGCUCCUCAUCAUCAUUGAGUAGCAACAGCAACAGUAAUAGCAGCAAUAGCAAUAGUAACAGUAGCAUUUGUGGUGUUGCUGGAAGUAUCGGAGGUACAAGUACGACAAGUAACACAAGUAGUAAUACAAGUCGAAGUAAGAAUCGAAGUGGAAUUGAUUCAUUGUCUAUGCAUUUUAACAAUUGCAUUAAUUCACCAGCAUCGGGAACAAGUUCAAGUCCUUUGGGUGUUAAUAGUCGGGGUGGUGAUUAUGAUUCGAUGACAGCUCAAUUGAAUACACACUUUUUCUCGACUCCAUAUUUAUCGAUGCCGUUCUUCCCAUAUUCAGGAGCGACUAGUGGAUCACCUUCAUCUGGUAAUCCAAAUGCAGCUUUAGCUUCAUCAUCAUCGUCAUCAUCAUCACCAUCACCAUUGACCCCAAACACUAACACCAAUUGUUUAACUACUGCUAAUGAUGCUCAACAAAAUUUCAAUUCUAAUAAUAGUAAUAAUAGUAUUACAAGUUUUAUGAAUAGCAACAGUAACAGUAAUAAUGUUGGUGUUGGUGCCAGUAAAACAAACACCAAUGCAAACACUAGUACCAGUACCAGUACCAGUACCAAUAUAAAUAUGAAUAUGAAUAUGAAUAUGAAUACUAAUGCUAAUACUAAUGCUAAUGCUAAUUCAGGAUUAAAUUCACUUGUUGGAUCGUCGUCUUCAUUGAUAUCGACUGGCCAACUGUCUGUCUCACCUCCAUCAGCUUCAACUACCUUAGGGUUUGGUUCAGCCGCAGCAGCAGGAGCUUCGUCUCUUGGUAAUUCGGCACUUGGACAUCAUGGUCUUCAUGGUCACUCCAGUCAUCAUCAUACUCAUUCUCGUGGUCACCACAGUCAUAGUCACGGUCAUGGUCACGGUCACGGUCACGGUCAUGGUCAUGGUCCAACAGCUUCGACCUCAUCCACAGCAACUUCGUCAUCAACAACAAGAGGUAGCAGUCGAUCAUCGUCUAAAUUAAGUUCUGCCGCAGCCAAGACUUCGUCUUUCUUUGCCAAUCUUUAUCCUGCACGAUGGCGACGUUGGAACAGCGCCUCAGGUUCAAAUAUAAUUGGAUCUGGUGGCAGUGGUUCCAAUUUGAGUAAUCGUAAAUCGAUGUUGAUCUCCCAAUCGCAAGAACAAUUGGGUGGUCAUCAUCAUUCUGCUCACCAUUUACACCAUGGACAUGGUGCUCAUGGACAUCAUGCUCAUGGUCACCAUGGUCAUCAUUCGUCUUCUUCCUCUUCCUCGCCUUCAUCUUCUCAUCAUCAUGCUCAUCAUCAUUACACCAACCAUCACUCACAUCAUUCUCACCAUCAUCUUUCAGGUUCUCCUCGAUCUCCUCAUUCACUCACCUCUUGCUCACCAGCCUCAACAUCGGCCUCAUCGCCAAUGUCUCAUGCCAACGGGAACAAGGAAAAGAUUCGUAUUUGGAUUCGAGAUCAGGCCAAAAUUUUUGUGGAAAAGUAUUUCGACAACGAGAACGAAAUGAACGAAGCCAUGAGCACAUUGAAUCGUAUCAAUGAAGCAAUGGAAACUUUUGACAAUGGAAAUGAUCUGGAUGGAUUGAAAGAGUUUAGAAAUGUUCUCUUGGAUGGAGACAUUUCACCAUUCGAACUGAUUCAUUGUGGGAUAAUCAGUAAAUUGAUCGGAUACUUAUCAGGUUUGAAGGAUGAGAAGAAAGAGAUAAAAGAAAAGAAAGAAAAAGAAAAAGAAAGAGACAAAGAAGAAAUGGAAGAAAUAGAAGAGAGAAAUGUCCGAAUCCGACGUUUUCUUCAUGUUUUCCUUGGAUCUCCAGUGGAUGAUCACAGUGUGAUAAUGGACGAGAAUGAAUUGAAAUUGGAUGUUCGACCAAUGUCCACUCUUGUUUGUAAGUUGAAUGCUUGUAUCUCCCAAUUGGAACAAUUUCCUGCAGUACAUGAUGUACUUGGAACCGGAACAGGCAAUAUAAGAGCAAGUGCAUUGAAGUUUUUCAAUACCCACCAACUAAAGUGUAAUUUACAAAGACACCGAGACUGUACAAAUUUGAAACAAUGGCGAGGGGGAACAGUUAAAAUUGAUCCGUUGGCCUUAGUACAAGCGAUUGAAAGAUAUUUGUUAUUACGAGGAUAUGGACGAGUUAAAGAGGAAGAAGAUGACAAUAGUGAUGAUGAUAAUUCAGAUGAUGAUUUCGAUGAUAACAUGGCCUCAGUUGUUAUGAAUCAAGGUCAAGGUCGCCAUAAGAUUCAAUUUUUAAUCGAUGAUAAUGUUCUUCCUUAUAACAUGACAGUUUAUCAAGCGAUAAGACAAUUCAGUUCAUCGGGAGGAAACUCACAUAUGAUGGACGGACUUGAAAAUGAUAACGAUUUUGACUCACCAGUGGGCAACUCAAAUAUGUGGAUAACAACACACACAAUUUAUUAUCGUUCAAUAAGUGAGCGUUCAUCUCCCUCAACAACACCUAUUCAAAAUACAUCAUCAAUCAGAUCUUCAGCAAUUACCGCAACACCUUCAUUCUCAAUGGCAAUAGAGACUCGAAGUGGUCGAUGUUUAACUCGAGCCGGAUCAAUUUCGGCAGCAGCAUUGUUAUCAGAUUUAUCAUCCAAUGCAACAGGAUCUCCAUCGACUUCGUCAUUAUCAACCAAUUUAUUAACUCAAUACAUGAAUUGCUCAGGAAGUUGUUCAACCACAACCAGUGGAUCAUCAAAUGUUCAUUCCUAUUCAUCUACACCUUUAUCACCCCCAAUGAUGACUCCAUCAUCAUCAGGAAUUGCCACAAGCUCUUCAAGUCGUCGAUCAUCAUCUAAAUCAAAUAAAGCACCAGUAGGAUUUUUCCCUGUUUCAUCUUCAUCAACUUCCUCAUCAUCAUCUUCUUCCUAUCGUAAGAAAGAUGAACUUUGGAUUGAAGGUAAAACUCCUCGGAUCUCAUCAACAGUUUACAAUUAUCUGAUUCCUUCAUUGCCAAAAUGUGUCAACAUUGAAGAUUGUUCAUUGGAAGUGAUGAACUUAAUGAGAAUCUUGAAUGCACUUAAUAGGUGUUGGAGUUGGUUCUACAAUCUACCAAUUAGUUCAAAUCCUGCCAUAUUGCAAAGUGAAUUUGUAAAUAGUAAACUAACAGCCAAAGCUAAUCGUCAACUGCAAGAUCCACUUGUAAUAAUGACCGGUAAUCUGCCCCAAUGGUUAUCCCAAAUAGCGUAUGUGUGUCCAUUCCUGUUUCCAUUUGAGACUCGUCAUCUGUUAUUUUACAUAACCUCAUUUGAUCGGGAUCGAGCCUUACAACGAUUACUGGACUCGACUCCAGGAUUGAAUUCUAGUGACACGAGUGAGAGAGUGACCCCUCGAUUGGACAAACGUAAGAAGACAGUGACACGAGAAGAUAUACUUCGUCAAGCGGAAUCUGUUUUCCAUGAUAUCGGAAAUUCAAAAGCUUUACUUGAGAUUCAAUAUGAGAACGAAGUUGGAACUGGAUUAGGACCAACACUCGAGUUUUACGCUUUGGUGUCUAAAGAGAUGCAAAGAGCUGAUUUGGAUAUGUGGAGAGGAGAAGCAAUUAGUUCAUCGAGUGUUAUUAUGCCUUUAAUUUAUUCUAAUGAUAAAUUGUCAUCUACACGAACUGGACCAUCACAUCAACGACAUCAUAAUCAUAAUCACAACCACAGUCAAAAUCAGAACCAGAAUCAGAAUCAGAAUCAGAAUCAAAACCAAAAUCAACAACAACAGAAUCUAUUUGAUUAUGAAUCAAACGAAAUGAUGAUUGAUAUUGACCCUCAAUAUCUGAAAAAGAGUGAGGUCACUAAAGAAAUUCGUUAUAAUAAUCAGAAUCAAAACUUUCAUCAAAUUCAGAACCAACAACCUCAACAGCAACAACAACAACAACAACAUCACCAUAAUCACCAUCAUACUCAUCAUCAACCACAAUCAGUUCAAUAUAUUUAUUCAUCUGAAGGUUUAUUUCCAUCUCCUGUUGGUAAAUCAACUAAAACAACCUCAUUGUCUAAAAUUAAGAGUCGAUAUCGAUUACUCGGGAAAUUCAUGGCCAAAGCUUUGAGUGAUUCUAGAAUGAUUGACUUACCAUUGAGUGUCCCAUUCUACAAGUGGAUCCUUGGUCAAGAAUCUACCUUAAGUGUGUCCGAUAUGCACUUUAUUGAUGCAACUCUAGCAAAAUCUGUGACAAAUAUGUUCUUGAUUGCACAAAAGAAACAACUCAUGAAACGAGGAAUAUCCGAAGAGAAUCAUGACUCAUUAACUCUUAGUGGUGUUUCCAUUGAGGAUCUUCAUCUUGACUUUACUCUUCCGGGUUUCCCUGGAAUUGAACUUCGUAAAGGAGGUAAAGACAUGAGUGUUACAUUGGAGAAUAUCGAUCAAUACUUACGAUUAAUGGUUCAUUGGACAAUGAUCGAAGGAGUCUCUCGACAAAUGGAAGCUUUUAAAGAAGGAUUCGAAUCUGUUUUACCCUUAACGCAAUUACAAAUAUUUUAUCCGGAAGAAUUGGAGCAACUUUUCUGUGGCUCUUGUCACCAAACAUGGGACAUGAAAACUCUGAUUGAUUGUUGUCAUCCUGAUCAUGGUUACACUUACGAUUCACGAGCAAUCAAAUAUUUGUUUCAAGUUUUAUCUUCAUUGAACAGUGAAGAGCAACGUAAAUUUUUACAAUUCGUUACCGGAUCACCUCGACUUCCAGUUGGUGGAUUGAAAAGUUUAUCUCCUCCAUUGACGGUGGUUAGGAAAACAUUUGAACCUGGAGAAAAUCCCGACGAUUUUCUGCCCAGUGUGAUGACUUGUGUUAAUUACUUGAAAUUACCUGAUUAUUCAAACAUCGAUAUAAUGAGAGAGAAAUUAAUCUUUGCUGCUAAUGAAGGACAACACUCUUUCCAUUUAUCUUAAUACAAACCUCGCCACCAGAAUAAAGUGUGACCAUUUAAAGACAAUGCCAACACUUGAGAUAACAACGGAAAAUCUUAACAAUGCAAAAAUAACUUUAAUCUAAUACCUAAUCGGAAUUUAAUCGAGUCGAUUUAUUUUGACAUUCAUACUCUUCUCAUCUUCCUCAUGCAUAAAAGCGCUGUUAUUAACAUUUCGCUCAAUUGUUAUUAACGAAUAACUUUUGAUCAAUGGCCAUACAACAAAAAAUAUUAUGUGAAAAUAAUUAAUAAUCUAUGUAUGCAAAUUUCCUUAUCCAUUAUUCAUUUUCAAAACCGAUUUCUUGUAUUCAUUUAAAAAGAUUAAACUUUUUUGUUCAAUUUAA